CUUCAUAUCCCAAGGCUUCAAGAAACACAGUACAAGUAAAAAAACAGGGAAAGCCGGAAAAGACAAGAGGGGUUAGUGAUGGCUGAUAUUGCUAUGUUGGUUGCAGAGGAGUAUGAGAGGAGGGUCAAGAACUCAAGUAAGGCAAGUGGUGCUGCUGAAAGAGUAGUAAGAGGAGGAGGAGGAGACUUGGAGAUAAGUUUUUCUGCUUCUAAUUUUGGUCAAAAGAUGAAGAAAUUGAGUGGCCAAGUCAACAAGAUGGAGCUUCUCAGUUGGAGUUUGGAGCCUAAAACCCAGAUUGGCCUUGCAGCCUCUAACGGGUUCUUCUCUGCUUGAAUAUUUCUCUGAUGGAAUAUGUGCUCUAUAAGAGAAACUGUAGAUGCUACUACUCACUAUUCACUACUGUUUUGUGCAUAUUACAUAAUUUUUCGUCAUAGUUGGAUGAAUCUAUAUUUCGGUGCUAUCCCCAACCAAAAAUAAAUAAAUUUGUUGUUCUUACUAA